UUGAUAUUUAAAGGGGUAGAUUUUUUUUAAAUUAUCACACUGAUGUUUUUUGUCAACCAAUUGAAUCGAACAUCAUCAUCGUUGUUUGGCGAUAUAGUUGAUGAGAAGAUGAAACAAAUAGUAUCAUCGGAAACAAAUGCGACGAAUAAUGAUUGCGUGGAAAUCAUCAAAAAUGGUCCCGAAGAAUUGGAUACAUAUUUUCAAUCCGAAGUGAACAUACCUGAAUGUGUGGAUAAUGAUUAUUCAUUUAAAUGGAAACGAUUAUGGUCAUUCAUUGGACCUGGUCUUUUAAUGUCGAUAGCCUAUCUUGAUCCGGGUAAUAUUGAAUCGGACAUGCAAUGUGGUGUUAUUGCUGGCUAUAAAUUACUUUGGAUACUACUUUGGUCAACAAUACUAGGACUAUUGAUACAGAUAUUAUCGGCUAGAAUUGGUGUUGUAACUGGAAAACAUUUGGCUGAAUUAUGUUAUUCACGUUAUCAUAAACUACCAAGAUUAUUGUUAUGGAUAAUGACUGAAAUCGCUAUUAUUGGAUCGGAUAUGCAAGAAGUUAUCGGUACAGCAUUAGCACUUUAUAUGCUCACUAAUCGAUUGUUACCAUUGUGGGCUGGUGUUCUUAUCACAAUUCUUGAUACAUUUUCAUUUUUAUUUCUGGAUAAAUUUGGUGUACGAAAAUUGGAAGCAUUUUUUGGAUUUUUGAUUACAAUCAUGGCUGUUACUUUUGGAUAUGAAUUUUUCGUCGUACGACCGGAUAUUGGAGGCAUAGCAACGGGUUCAGCAUUACCAUAUUGUAAAGGUUGUCGUAAGGAUGCAUUAUUACAGGCUGUAGGAAUUGUUGGUGCCAUAAUACAGCCACACAAUCUUUAUCUACAUUCAGCAUUGGUUAAAUCUAGAAAAGUAAACAAUCGGAAACGACUGGAAACAAAAGAUGCAAAUCGUUAUAUUGCAAUCGAAUCGGCCAUUGUACUGUUUAUUUCAUUAUUGAUCAAUAUGGCUGUCAUUUCUGUUUUCGCUAAAGGACUUUAUGGAAAAACAAAUCACGAUGUUUAUGAAGUUUGUGAACGACAAAAAUCCAAAAGAUUUAUCGAUAUGAAUGUAUUAUCCAAUGAUAAUCGAACAUUUGUUGCCGAUCUUUAUCAGGCUGGUAUAUUUCUUGGAUGUCAAUUUGGUGAAUUACCAUACUAUAUAUGGGCAAUUGGUAUAUUGGCUGCUGGACAAUCAUCAACAAUGACCGGAACAUAUGCUGGACAAUUUGCAAUGGAAGGUUUUCUUAAUCUUAAAUGGCCACGUUGGAAACGAGUAUUACUUACUCGUAGUAUAGCUAUUGCACCAACAUUUUUAGUAACAAUAUUUUCCAAUGUACAAAGUUUAACCGGAAUGAAUGAUUAUCUUAAUGCAUUGAUGGUCAUACAAUUACCAUUCGCUAUACUUCCAACAUUAACAUUUUCAUCAUCCAUAAUGGUAAUGGGAAAAUUUGUGAAUAAUUUAUUCAAUCUUAUUAUUGCAACAACAUUAUCGAUUGUUGUUAUUGUUGUCAAUAUUUAUUUCGCUAUACAAUUGAUUGUUGAUAAAUCUGGACAUUAUUCAUACAUUACAGUACCAGUAUCGAUUUUAUUUGGCUCAUUCUAUUUGAUAUUCAUUCUUUAUCUGAAUGCAUGUUUUUUAACCGUGUUGGGCGUUCGUUUUCAUCAGAAAAUACCUGUGAUUGGAAAAUAUUUUCAAGAAUCAUCUGAACAUGAAUAUAAAUAUUUAGAUUGAUUAAAAAAAAAAAAAAUUUUUUAAGAAGAAAAUUAAAUAAUUUCCGCUUGAUACAGCUUUUAUGAAUGGUCAUAAAUUGGACAUGUGAAAAUGCCAACAAUUUUUCAAAAUAUUUAUUUUAAAAA